AUGCCUUUCUUUGAAGCCCUCGAGCAAAUUCCCAUGUACCAAAAAUUUAUGAAAGAGGUAAUCGUUAAAAAGAGACCAAUAGGAGAUGGGUCGGUAAUAUUUAAUGAAAAGUGUAGUGCAAUAUCACCAGGUAGGAGAAUCCCAAACAAACAGACGGAUCUUGGAGUUGUCAUAGUCACAUGCACUAUAAAAGACAAAACUUUCAAGAAGGUACUAAUUGAUUCAGGAGCUAGUGUGAGUCUGAUGCCAUUGUCAAUCUAUCAAAGGCUUGGUAUUGGAAAUGUCAGUGAUACAAGGACAAUUCUAAAAUUUGCAGAUCACUCUAUAAAGAAUGCAUAUGGGAUAGUAGAAGACGUACUGGUGACAAUAGAGAAAUUUAGUUUUCCUGUUGAUUUUGUGGUCAUAGACAUACCUGAGGAUGAAGAGACACCUACCAUUCUUGGUCGACCAUUCAUGCAGACAAGUCGAUUCAAUUUCGACAUAGACCAGGGUACACUAACUUUAAAAGUUUAUGAUAAUGAAGUAACCUUGAAUGUUAUUGAAAACAGGAAGCUAGAGGUAGAAAAAGAAAAUCACUAUCAAGUAGGCAUGAUCAGGACAGAUGUGAAAGACCAAAGUAACAUGCCAAUAUCAGAAAAAGUCUCAAGAAGGCCUUCUCAACCGAUAUCACUGCCAAUAGCAACCCGGAAUGAAAAACUCCUAUUUACAUUCCAAAAUCCAUGA